GGGAUAACGGAAAGCCUACCGUUGUCGCUGGUGGAACGACAUCCGGGUAUGAGAAGUGAAUAAGAAAAGGCAUAAAGGAGUGAUGAGAAGGGAACUUAAAAAGAAAAGGCUGUCAAGAUGCCUGAGACUGGCGGCGCAUCAGUUGUUCCCAAGAAGGGCCUGACACUCGAUGACCUCAUUGCGGUCAUCGACCGACAUGAAAGGAACCCGAGCAACAUCCCAAUGGUCGAUACUUUCCAUUUCUGUGGGGAGAGAGUCUCGAAAUGGCUAGAGCGGGUGGAACAAGCUUUGGUCGGGCGGCCGGAUGUUGUAAAGUUUCAACGCAUCCUUCAGUAUGUCCUCCACAACUACCAUCAGGAGGUGAAGAAAGUCAUAGAUGCGGCUCAAGGUAGCUGGGAGAGGUUCAAGGGGGGGAUGCAGAGGAAAUACCGCCUGGGAGACGGAUUGUUGACUACCACGGACCUUGAAGCGCUGAACAAAGAGGAUUUUACGAUUAUAGGGGCCUUUGUUCAAGAAUUUAAGAAGAGGGCGCGGAAGGUCCAUGGGAUUUCAGAGGAAGCACAGUGCGCCAUCUUCCUGGGGCUACUCACAACAUCGGAGGUCGUCGAAUUGACGAGACAUGGAGRAGGUAGCACUAAGCUCACCUGGGCCACCAUUGACAGGGGGGGUGGAAGUUGGGUGCUUGGACCAGGUGGAACAACGUCAGAGUCAGUGGUGCAAAGGAGGGUGGUGAUGGCUGUCAAAGUAAAAGGAAAAGAGUCAGUGAUAGAGGAUGCUGGUCAGGAGGAGCUCUGGGAAGAGGAAGAGUCGGUGCCGCAUCACCUGACGAAGGUACAGCGCAAAGUGCGUAAUUUGGCGCAAGGCGGACAGGGAUCAGGAAAAGCGCAGGCGCCUCAAACCCAGGCAGCAGCCCCUUUAAAUGUGGCGGCUCCAUCAUCUAGUACGGGCCCCUCGCAAGGUGGGGCGUCCUCCUAUGGACAGUGGCCCUGGCCGGUGAUCAACGCAAUUGUGUCAUGGGGAASUACGCCGCCAGUAGCCGGACCGCAAACGAGUAUGCCACCACCCAUCUACCCCGCGGCCCAGGCCCAACCUGUGGCCCCGCCACCGUCACCUGAUCCCAGUUCACAGGGCAGUGUUGUAGGAGGUGGGAACCAGGGGCAGGGCAAUCAAGGCAGCGGAGGGAGGGGUGGAGGAAAGGGGCGAGGCAGGAAUGGCGGCGGAAGAGGAAGGCAAUGGAAUGGCCAAGGCCAGGGGUACCAAGGCCAAGGGAGUCAAGGCCAGGGGUACCAAGGCCAGGGCUAUCAAGGCAAGGGGUAUCAAGGCCAGGGGGAUCAGGGAAGUCUGGGGUAUGGAAGACCCCGCUUUGAUUGGAGGACGGUCAUUUGUCAACAUUGUGACCAGCAAGGCCACACUAUAAGGUUCUGUAAUAUAAGACGGGAAGACGAGAGAAGCGGACUGAUUUUCUCUACUAUAGAUGGGGAUAUCUACGAUCAGUUUGGGGAGGCCAUUGACAGAAGGUUUGGAGGAGUGAGGGCUGAAGCCCAACGAAGAGCGGCAGCGGGGCCACCGCCCCCUGCCAUGUUCAGGCUAUGGCAGGGAAAUGAGGAACCACCGUUUGGGGUGGAAGAAGUGGGAAGCGAUGAGGAGUGACUCAAGGGCUACGAGGAGGAAGUGAGACGGAAGAGGCCAUAAUCAUCGAGUCAGAUGACAAGGAUGAGGAGGAAAGAACGGAGCCUCCGUCCGUCUUAUUUGAGAAGAUGGAGGACUUGCUGGAUAAGAUGGGGAGGCGCCAACAGAAGUUGGUAGGCCUCUGUAAAGAAGUGAAAGGAUGGAGGUCUAACAUCCCCACAGUAUUCCUCUAUGACUCCGGCCCGGAGUCAGCGCCUGGGCGACCCGGAGUAAAUGUGGUGGGGUCGU